AUGGAGGAAACAGACGAGCCCCAAACAACAACAUUGCCCGAAUCUACGGAUGAAAGGCCGAAAAGGAAGGCGAGCUGGAGGAGAAAGUCUGCUGUGGCGGACGCAGAGCCCGAGUCUCCGGGGAGCAACGACAGGAGACGGCCUCCUUUGAGAAGAGGAAGUUCUUUCACAUUUCGAACACCUGGUCCCCAGUGGGACUUCAGUUUGAAACGUAAACGCAGAGAGAAAGACGAUGAUGCUGUCAGUCUUUGCAGCUUUGACUUUAAGGAACCCAGUACUAAGCGCGUGCGGCCACUGGGCCGAGUCACCUCGCUGGCGAACCUCAUCUCCCCCGUGAAGAAUGGGGCCGUCCGCCGCUUCGGCCAGACCCUCCAGGCCUCGUUUCGGGGCGACGGGCGGUCCCCAAGCGUGCCCCAGCACAAGGCCUGCAGCAAGGCAGCGGCACCCACACCCCCCAAGCGCCGUAACAGCACGCUGUGGUCCGAGACCCUAGACGUACACCAGAAAGGAACCUUCUCCACCAAGGAGAUCAAGCGACAGGAGGCAAUCUUUGAGCUCUCUCGGGGAGAGCAGGACCUGAUUGAGGACCUCCAGCUCGCUCGCAAGGCAUACCAUGACCCAAUGCUGAAACUGUCAAUCAUGUCCGAGGAGGAGCUAACGGCCAUUUUUGGUGAUCUGGACGCUUACAUCCCACUUCAUGAAGAUCUGUUGGCUCAGUUGGCGAAGGCUACAGGCCCUGACGGCACAGUGGGAGAGAUCGGCCAAAUCGUAGUCAACUGGCUGCCGAGACUGAACGCAUAUCGGGCGUACUGCAGCAACCAGCUGGCAGCCAAGGCCCUUCUAGACCAGAAGAAGCAGGACCCACGGGUGCAGGACUUCCUGCAGCGCUGCUUGGAGUCGCCCUUCAGCAGGAAACUGGACCUGUGGAGCUUCCUGGACAUCCCCCGCUCGCGCCUGGUUAAAUACCCACUCCUGCUGAGAGAGAUUCUCAGACACACGCCGCCCGAACACCCGGACACCACCAGCCUUGAGCAAGCUGUCAGCAUCAUUCAGGGCGUGCUAGCAGAUAUUAAUAUGAAGAAGGGCGAGUCUGAGUGCCAGUACUACAUUGAUAAGCUGGAGUAUCUGGAUGACAGACAGAAAGACCCACGCAUAGAGCAGUGCAAGAGCCUGCUAUGUCAUGGGGAACUGCGCAACAAGAGUGGAACGAAACUGCAUGUGUUCCUUUUUACCGAAGUUCUGGUCGUAACUCGGCCUGUGACGCGGAACGACCGCCACUGUUUCCAAGUAUAUCGCCAGCCCAUCCCCGUGCAGGACCUAGUGGUGGAGGACCUGCAGGACGGAGACGUGCGCAUGGGCGGCUCCUUCAGAGGGGCCUUCAGCAAUGCUGACAAAGCCAAGAACAUCUUCCGUGUUCGCUUUCAAGACCCAGCGCAGGGCCAGUCUCACACGCUUCAGGUCAAUGACAUUUUCCACAAGCAGCAGUGGCUCAACUGCCUGCGCAGCGCCAUGUCUGUCAUCCAGAGCGAAGCCCCGGCUACCAACACUGAUGUCCGCUCCAAACGCCGCUCCUCCACAGCAUCUGCCGUUGUCCAUAUGGAAGAGACUGAUGAGAACCAGCCCCAAAGUGCAGCCACAGCGCCCAGCUCACCUGAGAGUGACGAACCCCCCAGUCCUACUCCCUCUGCCACCUCCACCCUCUCUACCUCUUCAACAUCCUCCUCAACCUCCACAUCCCCACCCCGCAAAUCCAAAAAGGACAAGCGUGUGCUCUGUUCGCUGGGUAAAAGGAAGGAGACAAUGGUUUAGUACUAACCAGAGGACUCUUCCAGGACUUAAGCUCAUCCCUGGACAAGCCCAGGGUACAGCGGACUUGUAUUUAUGUGUGUGUUGGAACCAAGUGGUUCUGCAGCAGUGUUUUUGUGUUACUGUCCUUAAUGGCAGCUAUACCCCCUCCACUCCAACCCGUCCCACAAGGGAACGAAUCCGUACCAGUGACAUGCAGGACUCUCAAGACGGACUGCGUGUUGUGAUCUCAAGGGAUCGAUCACAAGAAAAGAUUCACAUGCACAUAUUCUGUAAGAGACUGUGAGCGAGUGAGCGUGAGAUCACACAUCUCCUGUUUACUGUUAGUUAGGUAUUAUUUUUGAUUUUGUUUGUAAUUAAAGUUCUACCUUUUUUAUAUAUAUUUUCAAUCAGAAAUUUACUGUAGCUCUUUCAUUUUCAUUGAACCAGCACUGUUUAGCUUUCAGCUGAAAAAAAUUGAGGAUAUUCAAGAAAAGCAAUAAAGUAUGAACACAGCAAAGAAAUGAAGAAAUUGGAACUCGGAAACGUCCGAUAUUGCCAAAAGUCUGAUUCAGAGCUCUGUUGGAAGAGUCUUAUUUCAGUACAUUCCUAUCAACCUUUGUUUCAUCACCCAGACUCUUCAGCUGUAUAUGAUUUAUGACAGUUGGCAUUAAUUUAAAUCCAAUAGUUUUAUUUUUUUUUUCUUUUCAAAAACCAAAAGAAAUGGCAGUGAAAUAGUCAUGUAAUUUACACUGUUGACAGAUCAAAAUAUGUGGUAUUUUAUUUUACUCAUGUAAAAUUAAAACUGAGCCAUGUUGGCUUUUUUAUUACGAAAGCUGACUCCCCCCAACAUGAAAUGGUUUAUUUUUCAAUGUAGCAUCUUGCAUGGAGCUUUACUUGUGGAGUCCUGCCUGUGUGUGCAGAAUGGACCAUGGCAUGUAUAUGCUUGUCUAAGCACAGGAGUUCACUUAAACAACAGUCACCGAUUGCUGGCAAGGAACCUGUAAGUUGUAUGAGGGCUUGAGAAAUGUUGACGCAAGAAUUGAUGGAAACUUUGUAUUGUAUUAGAUGAGAAGAGACUGACUUUGAUUCAAGGCACUACACACAACCACAGCUGUUGGUCUGAUUGUGUUUUUGUUGUAGUCUCUUGAGCAAAGUAUGAAAGUUUGAUGCGCUGGUGAAAAGCCUGCGAGUGUUGUUUUCAAAGAAAGAUAAAAAGCAUGUUACUAGAAAGGUGGAAUUGUUGAAGGUUGAAGAACGUCACAAGAGCAUGAAAUCAGUUUGUAUAAAAGACAAAGGAAUAUGUUGAACUUUGAAAGACUGCAGUGGGCUUGUAAAUGUGUUUUGAUGUAAAAAGAAAAAAGCAAUAAUUAAUGGAACAAUAAAGGUCUGUGUAAGAUUUGCAUCUGAAAAUG